AUGUCAGAAAUCGGAAAGACCCCCUCCUCCGCGGCCAAGAGCUCGGGCACGCUGGGCACCAGCUUGCUCUCGUCGCCCCCCCGAGCGCCGCCGAGCCGGGGCAAGGAGCGAAGAAAUCCGUCGAUAACACCUAGGAAGUUUCAGCGGUUCUUCACUCCGCGAUCCCGCGUCUCGUCCAAGCCAAGCGCCGUCCGAAAGGCCCUCUGCGACCUGACCGCCCCGGCCCUCAAUCGCGGCCAGACGCCGUCCAGCCCGCUCAAGCCCCCCUCCGAGGAUCUCGGUCACGACAGCCUGCCGCUGCCUCAUCUCCAGGACGCACACCGGAGCAAGCGUCGCAGGGUCCAGCUUACUACACCAGAGAAGCAGACUAACCCUCUGCCGUCGCCGCUGAACUCCUCGCCGCUGCUUCCGACCCCGGACUUGAGGCCCGGCCUGAGCAGCCCAAUACAGUCUCUAAAGUCUAGACAGGGCCUGCGAGACGGUGUUUUUGUAGAUGACGAUGUACCCGAGGACGACGAGGAGGAACCCACAGCCGCAACGCCGCUGUACAAGCGGCCCGUGCCGCUUCAUCGCCGAGGACUGGGCGCUCAGCUCGUGCAGAGGAUGACGGGCGCGAUGCGCUAUGCCAGCGACCGACCGCUGGAGUGUCCCGUGGCUGACUGGAGGACCGAGACGGCAGACUUUUACAGCCGGCCGGAAGAUGUGCACUUCUCAUCCAGCCAUGAGGGAGCGCCUCGUGCCAUACCCUUCUGCACAGCAACAUGCCACAGAAACAGGCUCGUGGCGGUCGGCGACGAGGAAGGUUAUGUGCGACUGCUAGAUUCGAGCAGGGACUUCUCCAAGAUUCACCUGUCCUUCCAGGCCCACGGCAACGCCAUCAUCGACCUGGCCUUCUCAGAGGACGACUAUUUGUUGGCUACUGCGUCGGGGGACCAGACGGGGCGAGUAAUCGACAUGAUGACGCAGAGGCCCAUCUCUGUCCUAGGCCACCACACCGCGUCCUUGAAACAGGUCCGUUUCCAGCCGGGCCGUGGGUCGGGAUGCGUCCUAGCAACCUCGGGCCGCGACGGCAGCGUGCAAAUCUGGGACCUGCGGUGCCGGGGCGGCCCGGUGCAGGAUCUGACGGUAUCUUCCGAAGCCGGCUUGCACCACCGAUUACCCAAGCCGCUGAGCCCAGGAUGUGUCGUCAACAGUAUCUGGGACGCCCACGCGCGGACAACGCGGCCAUCCAAAGGCCAGUCAGUCAACUCGGCCUUCGGUGACGUGGCCCGGGUAGGCGAAGUCCCCGGCCGGAUCGGCGAGGUGUCAGUCACAGCGCUGCAGUUUCUUCCGCCCGGACGGGAGCACCUCCUCCUGAGCGCGUGCGAGGCCGACGCGAGCAUCAAGCUCUGGGACAUUCGCGCGGUCCAUACCAGCCGGCACCACAGAGCCAGCACCCCGGUGUCCUUUACAGCCCCGCCACCCGGCCACGCCGCCUUCCGCCCCUUCGGCAUCUGCUCCAUGACGCUCGGCGGCGACGGCUCGCGCCUCUACGCGCUAUGCAAAGACAACACCGUUUACGCCUACAGCACCGCCCACCUGGUACUCGGCCACGCAACCGAACUCACCCCGGCGCGCCCCGGCGCGGAGCCCCCGCGGCGGCGGCACCACCCGCACGGCACCGCCCACUCGGGCCUUGGCCCGUUGUACGGCUUCCGCCACCCGCUCUUCCACGCAACAAGCUUCUACGUCAAGGCGGCCAUCCGGCACGCAGCCGACGGCCGCUCGGAGCUCCUCGCCGUCGGCAGCUCCGACGGCGUCGCCGUGCUCUUCCCCACCGACGAGCGCUACCUGCGCGACGCGUGGUCGUCUUCAGCAGACCAUGCGGAGCAGGAACUAUACUACGUCGGCAGCCCCACCGCGGCGGACUGCGCCGUGCCGGUCGGGCGCCGCGGUACACCGCUCGUGCGCGGGCACGGGAAGGAGGUCGGCGCCGUGGCGUGGACGAGCGAGGGCAAGCUGGUCACGGUCGGGGACGACUUCCUCGUGCGCUGCUGGAGCGAGGACCGGGCGAGGGCGGCCGACCUGCGGCUGGGCGGCGAGACGGGCGGGCGGAGGUGGGGCUGCGGCUGGGCGGACGUCGGCGAUCGGUGGGAUGGCGAUGCAGAUGAUUGGUGA